UCGACUAUGUCUAGAUCCAGAUGUUGCCGUCUGCAUAGUUGUAUUUGUGUUUAUUCUUCGACGUAAGCGUGGCGUGUUGAAUGAUAAAUUUGGUGAAGUUUGAUACAUACAACAUUAGUUCAUUUAUUUAGUAAUAGAAUACAAUGAUUUUUCGUUUCGCUUUGAACAAAAUGCUGACAUAAAAUUAGUCACAAAGUGAAAGUAGAAUUUAUUUAACUUUGAGCAAUUGAGGUAGAGAAGUUGUGAAGAAUAAACCAACAUAAAAAUCAGUUGGAUACACUCACUUAUUGAUAUUACUGUUAUUAACUAAAAGCAAUUAUGGGAAUGCGACUUGUUCUGUGUAUGCUCAUUCAGCUUUCUACUAGGAUAAUGUGCCAAAAUACUGACAAAAACAACAUCGAUGUGGAAUUGGACAAAGUACAAUGCAAACCAGAGCAGGUGCACAUUGCCUAUGGAAACAGCUUGACGGAGAUGGUGGUGAUGUGGACAACCCCAGGGCAGUGUGAGUCCCAGGUGUGGUAUGGCUCCGGGCCCUGGGAUAUGACAGAAAAAGUGCACGCUACUAAAGAGACCCUCUCGUACCUCGAGCCAACGAAAGCGCCAAAAUACAUAUACAGGGCACUUUUGAAUAACUUGGAGCCUGGUAAGACAUACUACUACAUGCCUGCCAGUAACGAUGUCACCAAUGAGCCAUUAUACUUCAAGACGCCACCUGCUGGUCCGUCCUGGUCCCCUGAGUUCUUGAUAUAUGGAGACCUAGGCAUCCACUCCAAGAGUUUGGCCUUACUGGCACAGGAAGCGAUGCAUGGGAAAUAUGAUGCUGUGCUGCACAUUGGUGACUUUGGAUACAACUUGUAUGACAGCGUUCCUGAUGGGCAAUAUAUGGGAGAAAAUGUGGGUGACAUUUUCAUGCGACAGAUCGAGGAGAUUGCUUCCCAUGUACCUUACAUGACUGCACCUGGAAACCAUGAGAUUGAACCCAGUGAAGAUUUCAAGCAGUAUGGUGUUCGCUUCUCCAUGCCUAACACAGAUUGGCCCAUUCCUUUGACCAAGAUAUGGUACAGCCUUGAAAUUGGACCAGUCCAUUUAAUUAGCUACUCUUCGGAGGUGUUCUUCCUUCAAGACAAGCGCUACAUUGAGGCCCAGCGUCAGUGGUUAACUGCAGACCUUGAGGCUGCAAACAAGAACCGACCCUCUACCCCAUGGAUCAUUGCCCUUGGGCAUCGUCCAAUGUACUGCUCUAAUAAUAACUCGGACGAUUGCAGGAAGAAUGAUUCCUUGGUCAGACUAGGAUUGGAGGACAUGUUCUUCAAGUAUGGGGUGGACCUUGUGAUCCAGGCCCAUGAACACUCGUACGAGCGACUGUGGCCCAUGUAUAAGGGCGUGGUCCUUGCAGAGAACUACACCAACCCACGGGCUCCCAUACAGCUGAUCACGGGUUCAGCUGGGUCAAAACAUGGGGUCGAUACCAUGAUGGCUUUGAAUGAAACUUGGUCAGCUUUUCGUAUGGAUGACAAGGCCCUGAACAGUUACGCUCGUCUCAAGGUGUACAAUGCAACAACUCUGUACUGGGAGCAGGUGGCUGUCUUUGGAGGGGCCGUGCUAGACUCUAUCUGGGUCACACAGGAAUCCCAUGGACCUUUCUCCAGUAGUGCCUUCCAGGGCGAGCAAAAAGUGAAAAUAGACGAGCAAAUUAAGGUGGACGAGCAGAACCUUGAGAAACACAAUCUGCGACAGAAGCCGGAGACAACUGGCGAUACUUUUAAGGAUAAGGUGUCUAAAGUUAUUCAAGGUGCUGAUAUUAAAGUGAUCAUAGGUGUGUCCUUUGCUGUGUUCAUACUGGUGUUCUUGUUGGUUGUGUGUAUUGUUCGUGCCUGCAGUGGCCGGAGGACUAAGUCCUACAGGCGCUGGGACAGUCUGGAUUACGGGAAAAAGUUUUACUCCAAUGUGAAGACUGACGACACAAACGUGGAUGAUUUUGAAGUGGAUGUGACUGAUGGUAGAUCAAAGCUCAUUGAUUCCAGCAGAGAUUGAAUCUCUGAAUCAUUAUAUAAUUUGUUUUUGUUGUCAUUUUUUUUAAUGCAAAUCCAUUUUGAUAUAUGUAUUAUCUGUGUUUGAAUAGUUGUAGAAAAAGGGCUGUACCAAAUAACAACAGUAAUUGUGGAGAUAUCUGGAGAUGUUAGGUUUAGUCCCCACCCUGGGAAUAUUCUCAAAAUCUUCCCUAAAUACCCAACUCAUAGGUCUAGGGAAUGAAUUGAAGUGUUUAAGUAAAGCCAUAAGCCACAUGCACUUGCUGCCUCCUUUUGUUAAACAAAUUCUUUUUUAUUUUGUUAAACCUUUACCACUUACAAAAGUAUUUUGACGCAUUUGUAGUCCCUUUAAAAGUUAAAUUUAAUUAAAGACCUUUCUUCCCAGAGAAUACUUUUUAAUGCACUAUUUCCGACCCUUAGAUACUAAUGAGCUGCAGACAGCUAUAAAUGCUGUUUGCACAUAGCCAUUUUCACUUUGCUUCUGAGCAGGAAAGGGUUAAAGUAAAUAAUAAUAAAUGACAAACGACAUAAUACCUAAUACAAAUGUUUGUUUGUCAUGUCUUGAAACAAAAAUCUAUAAUAAUAAAUGACAAACGACAUAAUACCUAAUACAAAUGUUUGUUUGUCAUGACUUGAAACUAAGAUCUGUAAUAAUAAAUGACAAACGACAUAAUAGCUAAUACAAAUGUUUGUUUGUCAUGACUUGAAACUAUUAACUAUUUAAAUUUUAUUAGCAUCGCAAACCCUGUUUUUUUUAUGCCCCCCGCCCAAAUUUUUGGGGGGGAGCAUAUAGUCGCCGCUUCGUCUGUCUGUGUGUCCGUCUGUGCACAAUUUUUGUCCGGGCCAUUUCUCAGGAAUUAAUGACCGGAAUUCAAUUAAACUUUAUGGGAAGCUUCACUACCAAGAGGAGAUGUGCAUAGUAUCAGCCGGUUCUGGUCGGAUGAUUUUUUUACAGAGUUAUGGCCCUUUGAAAUUUUCCAUUAACUGAAUUCUAAUCUUGUCCCCCCAACUACUGUACAAUAUUGUGACAAAAAAACCUUUGGGGAGCAUCACCCAUCUGCGAAGGUUUCUUGUUUGUUUAGAAAUGAUGUGCCUGAAAUAUUAACUAUGAACUUCAUAAUGCUUCAUAUGCCCUAAGACUAUUAAAUUCUGCUACACUUGCCUGCUAAGAUUCAUGGUGUUUUGGAAAAUGUUUAUUCUGUAUCUUUAUAAUACUUAAUAUAUGACAUAACCUCAGUUGCGUUUCUAGAAAUGUACGAGUUGAAUGAUUUUGAGUGUAAAACAAUAUAUAUAUAAUACUCAAAUUCCAGACCCAUAAAAAAGUAGAUGAAAGAAAGAUCCCUAUUUUGUCAAUUUUAUCUUUAAACAAGUAAGGCUCGAUUGGUCAUUGUCGGCUCGGGUACUACUUACAUAUACCCCGGGUACUUUUAAGUAUACUUACAUGUACCCCGGGUACGGUAAAUAUACUAAAAGAUUAGUUUAAUCACAGCUGUUGAGGUAAUGUAGGAACAGCUGUGAUUGUUGUUGAAAAGCUCCUAAGGGGAAGGGAUUGGUUUAAAAGUGACAAUAUCACAUUAAAUUUGUCAGUGUCAAAGUACUUAACUGCUUAUAAUAGUUGACCAUAAAUGGCCUAAGUUUGCUGCAAGUUUUUAACACUAUACUAUUCAAACAACAACAUUAAACAUGCAACAGUCAGACUGAAGAGAGGAAUUAGAUGAAAAGCUUGGGAAAAUCUUCAUGCGUAUUACUCACAAAAAUCUCAGAAAUCUGAUACAUUGUUAGUUUUUACAUGGAAACUCAUUUUGCCUUGUGGUUUAUUUGCUUUGUCCUCACUUUAUGAGAUUAUUAUUAAAAACUUGUACAUGUAUUUAUUCUAACUUUUAGAGUUUUUUGGUAAUGAGCAUGUAUCUUAGAUGUAAUAUCUUUGUAUGAGGUAUCUCAUAUUGACGUUUAUGGUCUUAUAUGAGCCGUGUCAUAUGAAAAUGGGUCAUAUGCUAUAUGGGCCCAGCGAAUCUCCAGGCCAGACAGGGCAUUAGCACAGUCUGGUCAGAAACUACCCUGUCAGUUUAUUAGACCAGGAAACAUUUCAUGACUUUAUACCGGACAAGGCCACUCCUGCGCAGACUGGUCUGAAACUACUCUGAUGGCGUAUUGAACUAUACCUAUUUUCACAUGAUACGACUCAUAUGUAGAUAUGCCAGCUUGAAACUUGCAGUUUUGUUGUAGUGGCUUACUGUUCUACUUGUACAUGCAUUUAUGUGUGUUCCUAUUCAUGUAUCAUGAAGGUUGUGGCAUGUUUUGAAAUCAUAUUAUGUUCUUACAUUGAGAACGUCAAUACACUACCUUUACUUGUGUUUUAGUGAUUAUGUGUACAUGUAAAUUAAAACACAGAUUGUUGGUUUACAUUGAUCUUUUGCACUGGCCUGCAUUCUGUACUGAAUUUUGUAGAAUGAAACAAAAAUAAGACAAGACAUACUUAUGAAAAGUUUGUGUUUCAGAUAUUAUAUCACACUCAUAAUGUUUGAGUCAUUUUGAUUUCCUGUGGAUAGUCACACAUUAUUUGAAAUAUGAAUUUACAUUUACAUUUAUAUGAGUGAUGUUCUGACUGACUUCUGGAAUGUUUUCAUCACACAGGUAACCAUCUUGUUUGUAGGUUUUGAUUGUGUGGUUUAGUCAUUUUGACUGAACCUCUGAACUGAAAAAUGUAAAGUAAAGAAUUUGGAGUGUUAUAUAGAGAUAUCUAUCUCUAUAUGUAUAUAUAUAUAUAUAUAUAUAUAUAUAUAUAUAUAUAAAUCACUACCGGUAUUUGGAGUGUUUUAUAUAUAUCAAUCACCAAUGAAAAACUUUAACAAUGAGACAAUAUAUGCUUGGUCUGAGGUUUGACCCUACAACAAUACCGCAGAGGCUGUUUGGGAAAGUAACUCCAUGACACAAGUUUGUAAUAUACAUUAUUUAUAUGGGUUAUACUUCUCAAAUUAUAAUCAUGUAACUCUGAUUCAAUGGAAUCUCAGAAUGGUAAGACAUAAUUACCUGACAUGAGUCUGUCUGUCAAAAAAUAAGUUGUGCAAUUUGUUUCCUUUUGACAGCUUUCUAAUUAUGUUUAAAAACAAUAGUUUUUGCAUGAAUAUUUCCUUGAUCUCAAAUGUUCAUGACUACUUUGCAUAUUCUGGGUUGUCAUUAUUGACAGAUUUCCAAUCAAAUUUGUUGGAAAAUCAUUCCAGAACCUUACAAAUUGUUAUUUGUAUCUAAACAUGGAAACCCCAGAGAUAGACCAAAUCAAUAAGGUCAGGGGCCGUAUUCCAGAAGCAUCGUAAGUUAAAUUUUAUUCUUAUCCUUAAAUUGAGAAAUGUUCUUAUGCGUUUCAUUACAUAUUGCAAUAGAUUAGCAUCAAGAUAUACAUUUAAAUAACAUCAUUAUGCGAAUGUUAUUUUAGGAAUACCAAAAAAAACCAUAUGUUUCCUUAUUUACUAAAGAAAUACAAAACAUUUUAAUUUUUAACUUAAGUGAAAUUAUUUAAGAAAUGACUUAAAAUGGUUGUGGAAUACGACCCCUGGACAACUGUUUCAUUUAGUUACAACAAUCCUGUAUUAAAAUGGAGAUAGUGUGUCGCAAGCACACACAAAACACAUUUUUAUUUGGAGUUAAUUUUUAUGUCCCCCUCCACUAUACAUGUAGUGGGGGACAUAUUGUUUUUGCCCUGUCUGUUGGUUUGCUUGUGUGUUUGUUUGUUUGCGCCAACAUUUGCAAUAACUUUUGCAAUAUUGAAGAUAGCAACUUGAUAUUUGGCAUGCAUCUGUAUCUUAUGGAGCUGCACAUUUUGAGUGGUGAAAGUUCAAGGUCAAGGUCAUCCUUCAAGGUCAAAGGUCAAAUAUACAGCUUCAAAUCGGCGCAAAAGGGGACAUGGUGUUUCUGACAAACACAUAUCUUGUUUAUUUAUAAAUUAUUUUUAAGAUUGUUUAAUGCAAUGUUUUGGUGGUGGUUUUUGUCAUGUUUCAUAUGUUGAACUGAAAUGUUUUCUUCAUUUAGAGACUUGCUGUCUGUUCUGCAGUGACCCCGUAAAGAAUGCGAUAGAUGUACGAAAAGGAACAAUCCUCAUAAAAUGUUCUGAACUUUGUUAAGAGUAUAACUUAGAGUUUUAGUAAGCGUAAUAUGCGUGAAAUAUAUCAUCUCAAUGAAAGUUCACAUUAAGUCUACAAGUUAAGUUGCUCAAUCAAACUUAAAUUUUAUAUAUGGGCAAUGCUCUCUGAAAAAAGGGUUUAAUGCAUGUGCAUAAAGUGUCGUCCUAGAUCAGACACUUUCCGCCUAAACUGUAAUUUUGCUAAGAAGAGACUCUCUGUAAACAAAAAAAUACCAUACAAGGAGAAAGUGUCGUCUCUGUUCAGACUGCACAGGCUAAUCUGGGACGACACUUAACGCAUAUGCAUUAAACCCUCUAUUCACAGGGCAUGGCCCAUAUGCAGUUUGUCAAUAGUCUUUCUGGAGUUAUUAGUAUUUGUGUCACUUUCUACACAGAUUACCUUAAACAAGAUUACAAUCACAUUGACUUGCAAUUUGUUUUUGAAAAUUAAUGCGCUUGUUUUUUCUUCAAAAUCUUAUACUUCCAUAAUUGCUGGAAGAAUUGCAUUUUAAAUUUCACCCCUUUAUAUGAGGUACAUUUAAAAUAAAUGAAUUUGGGCCCUUUUUUCUUCCAAAUAUGUCAUGACACAUCAGUUUGACACAUGCAGGUUUGGUUUUCGCUUUGAAGCAAAUAAUGCACAUACAUGUACAACAAUUUUUUAAAUGUUAAACACUUUUUUCAACAAGUCCUGUUAAGUUAAGAUUAAUAUGUAUGGUGUUAAGCAAAUGCAGGUAUUAAAAAUCUGUAUGUAAACAUUCCGUUUAUUGAAUUUUUGUCUUAGUUGUUAUUUGCUCGGCUGUUUUCGGAGAAAACCCGAGGUAUUGUCAUAGCCAGCUCGAUGUCUGCCGUCCGACGUCAGCCGUCCGCUGUAGGCGUUGUGCUUAAACCUUACCAUUGGCUCUAAAAUCAAAGUGCUUCCACCUACAACUUUGAAACUUCAUAUGUAGAUGCACCUUGACGAGUUCUACACGCCACACCCAUUUUUGGGUCAAAGGUUAAGGUCACUGUGACCUCUAAUAUAAAACUUUAACAUAGGCUCUAUAGUCAAAGUGCUUCCACCUACAACUUUGAAACUUCAUAUGUGUAGAUGCACCUUGAUGAGUUCUACACGCCAAACCCAUUUUUGGGUCACUAGGUCAAAGGUCAAGGUCACUGUGACCUCUAAAAAACAACAACAUUUUCUGACAAGCUUUCGCAGCCGAGCGUGGCACCCGUUAUGCAGUGCUCUUGUUUAAUUUCAUUUCAGUGACAUUGUUGAAUUCAAUAAAAAUAUAUUUAUAAUAUAAA